AUGGCAAACUCGCCCCUUGUCGUCCCUGGUUCAGCGGAAAAGCCAACACAGGACAAGUCGAAGCUCUCUGCUACAGCGAACUCCUCCAAGGGCGCAACUCCAGAAGUGCAGACUAGCAAUGGCACAAGCUCCGGGCGAGAUCUGGCAGAGCAAAUGAAUGAGGAAGAGAAGUCAAAAUAUGUUAAAGGAAAGAAGCUCGGAGAAGGAACUUAUGCCAAUGUCUAUCUUGGUCACCUUCGCGAUGACCCAUCCAAAUUUGUCGCUAUCAAGAAGAUCAAGAUUCAAAAGGAAUACACAGAAGGAAUGGCGCCAGAUGCCAUCCGCGAACUUAAACACCUUCAAGAACUCUCCCAUCCGAACAUCAUCUCCCUCCUCUCCGUCUUCUCCUCGAAAGACCAAAAUCUCAACCUCGUCCUCGAAUUCCUCCCUCUCGGUGACCUCGAAAUGCUCAUAAAGGACGUGAGUGGGAUCCGAUACGGAGUAGCAGACAUAAAAGCAUGGAUGGGCAUGCUGAGUCGAGCCAUCUGGUUCUGCCACGCCAAUUUCGUCCUCCACCGAGAUAUCAAACCCAACAAUCUCCUCAUCUCCUCCACCGGCGAGGUCAAACUCGCAGAUUUCGGUCUCGCACGCUCAUUCUCAGAUCCCUACCGCCAAAUGACCUCCAACGUCAUCACACGCUGGUAUCGACCCCCAGAGCUCCUCUUCGGAACAAAACACUACAGCGGAGCAGUCGACAUCUGGUCCGUAGGUCUCGUCUUCGCAGAGCUAAUCCUCAGAACCCCAUAUAUAGCAGGAGACUCCGAAGUCCACCAAAUAAAUUUAAUCUGCCAAGCAAUCGGGACUCCCACGGAAGAAAAUUGGCCCGGCGUCUCUCAACUCCCCGAAUACACGGUCUCAGACCCUCCUGUGCCGGUCAGACAGAAAGAUCAUUAUCUAGCUACGUUUGGGACGGCGGGACAUGAAGGCGUCGAUUUGUUGAUGAAGAUGUUGAUUCUGGAUCCGAGGAAGAGGAUUACGGCUGAAGAGGCGUUGAGACAUGGUUGGUGGGCUGCGGAGCCGAAACCGACUAAGACGAAGGAUUUGCCGAGGAAAGCGGGAGGGGGUGAUAAGAUGGGAGAGGAUCUGAAGAGGAGGCCAGGUGUGUUGGAUGGUGAGGAGGGGAGGGAGAAGAAGGUUGCUAGGAAGCUGGAUUUUAGUGGUAUGAAAUGA